AUCAGAAAGCGCCAAAUGUAUCACUACUUCACUGAGGAACACGUUGAUUUUUCUAGAGUAAAAGGGUUAUUUAAUAUAAUCUGUUCUAGCGUAAAACAAACAGAAUCAGAGUGUUAUUCAUUUGAUUACACUGUUUUAUGUGUGAUUCUAUAACAAUAUAAAAACUUUUCAUUUCAAUUUUCAAAAAAAUAUUGGUGUGAACAUUUGUUUUGACAGAUCUGUCAAAAAUCAUAAAGCUCAUAAUGUCUCAGAAUUCAUCGUUAUUGUGUGCUUGUGUGACAUUGAUGGUGCUUUGUGUAGCUACUUCAGGCAAGAAACCAUUAAAAGAAGAGGACUGUGAAGUUUGUGUCAAUGUGCUCAGAAAAUUUGAACAGAAGUAUCCGGAUGUAAAGGAAAAAGCUCCAGGCGAAAUAGAGACACUGUUUAAAAAGUUUUGCAAAACUGUAAAAGACAGAGAUGAGCGAUUUUGCUACUAUAUUGGAGGGGCUGAGACCUCAGCAACAAACAUCCUGAAGAUUAUGUCUUCACCGUUCAAGAACCAUCUCCCUCUUGUGAAAGUCUGUGAAAAAUUGCAAGAUGCUGAUCCUCAGAUAUGUGAUCUGAAAUAUGAGAAGAAGUUGGACCUUUCUGAGGUUGAAUUCAAGAAGCUCAAGGUUAAGGACCUGAAGAAGAUUCUAUCCGACUGGGACGAGGAACGAGCAUGCAGGGGCUGCUCCGAGAAGUCUGACUUUGUACGAGCUGUGAAAGAGCUUAUGCCCAAACAUGCACCCGAGGCUUAUGCUAAACUUAAAGCCAGGGAUGAGCUUUGAUGACUUUUUUAUUAGUGCCUAGGUUUCUUAAAUAUACAAAUUGAUUAUAGCGGGAAUUGGAGAUCCAUAACUCAGUUUGCAGUAGUCAUAUGAAAUCAAAGCAACUAUAGAGUUUAUACAGAAUUAUAAGAGUUCUAUUUUGUUUCAUGCACUCUCUAUAAUGACGGAUCUUUUAAUAUUCUCCCGUCCAGGUGGUCAAUUUAGCAAAAUCAUAGACACACAUGUAUGAAAAAGACUCAAAUGUGAAGUGUAUUUACUUCUUUGAAAUAUUAUCACAUUUGCUCUGCAUUCAUUACCAACAAGAGUAAAAACAUUCCUUUUUAUAUAUUCAGUUAAAACUAUGGUAUUUUUGUCUAACAUGUUAAAUUAACUUCAUUAGUCUAAAAAAAAUUUAAUAAGAAUGAUAUUAGGUUAUGAUUAAAUUUGUGAUGAGGGUAGAUUUAUUUAUGAAUUUUACUGUUCGAAUAAUCUUUAAACAGUAUAUUGAUUUUAGUGAAUAUUAGUUGGAAAAUGUGAAUUUAUAUAAAAAUGAAUUUAUAAUUGACCAAUGCUUACCAUUGUCUUCAAUCAUUAAUCAUUGUUAUACUCCACCAUGGAAGAUCUUCAUGUUUGACCUUCAAAUCAUAUGAUAACAAGUGUGUGUUACAUUACUAUGCACGUUAUGUUUCUGUAUGUUGUAUUUUAAAAUAGCAAAGUUUGUUAAAACUCCAUUAAACAAAAUGUAAAAUGCUUUAUGUUGAAUUUGUUGUUACCUGUUCUUGAAAAAUGAGUUAUGUGGAAGGACAUCAGUUGUCAGGUCUUCGAGUUGUUAGUUUUUCCUCAAGGAAGUUUGACACAAACUAGUUGAGCCACUAGUUUUUACACUGAACCAUUCAUAACUCAGGCCUUGUCAGGUGUCUAUAUUGCAUAAUGUUUUGUCUUGAUCUAAUAUAUAUAAAUAUAAUAUAAAUUGCACACUGUGUACUGCAAUUAUCAUCAUCGUGUUAAAUCUUUGCGAAUUUCUUUAGUGACCACUUUUUGUACAGGGUGAUGACAGUAUACUACAUUCAAAUGAUUCAACUAGUAUGUUUAUUGUAUUGUAUUGUUUACAUACAUACUCCUUCUGACAUGAAUAUUUCCAAGAAAGUAACUCAUACAAGAAAAGUAAACUGUAUCAUCAUGUACAAAUCAUGGGGCCACAUGGUUGAUAUUUCCAAUUAUAAUGAAUUAUGUAAUGCAAAGUGGGUAGUCCUUCAUGUGAAACUGUGUGUAUUGUACUGUCAGAGUGAGUAAUGUAUGUUCAAGUAUUUUGCUGUGACUGUGACAUGUAGUACCUGAAGCAAUGUCAAUAAGCUGUAAAUGCUGAAUGUUUUCAUUGCUGUACAUGUAUAUUGUUCCUAAUUGUUAUUUUGAAGAUAGAUAUUUUUGAAAAUAAAUGAGAACUAAUUAA